CGUCAUCAUAACACUACUCUGCCAAGACGAAGAACCGCGCGGCGAUCCAUCCGCUAUCAACCACAAUGUUGCGCCCGCACACGGGAUCCAAGCAAAGCUCUCUUCAUCCCGAUCCACCAAGAACAGAAAAUCAUACUGCCGAGGGAAUUCAAGAGACAAGUCUUUGUUUGAGUGACCAUUAGAGAAUAGAUCCUACUAGAAGAGGUGUUUAUAGCUAUAAGUUUGUGGAACCUUAUUUGAAUACAUUGAGAGGAUUGGGAGCUCGCCUGGUUUUCAGCAAUAAAUACAAGUUCAAGGACGCCUAUAGGAAUCUCCUAGGCAUGCUUAACACUGAGGUCAACAUUAUAGCUCUUCACACUCUAGUGCAGUUCUACAACCCUCCUUUGAGAUGAUUCACAUUCCAGGAUUACCAAUUGGCUCAUACUUUGGAGGAAUAUUCACACAUUCUGGGGAUUGAGAUUAAGGAACAGGCUCCCUUUGUCCCUACAAAGGAACUUCCUAAGCCUUAACAUCUAGCUGAAAUCCUUCACAUAGGGAAGAAGAAGGUGAAGCUCAAUCUUAAACCUAAGGGUGGGACCCAUGGGUUUGCCUUGAAGUUUCUGGUUGACAAGGCUAUUGCAUUUGCUGAAGCUGAGAGUUGGGAUGCCUUCAAAACUAUCUUUGCUUUGAUCAUAUAUGGGAUCGUGCUAUUCCCAGACAUGGAAAACUUUGUUAACUUGGCUUCUAUCUACCUCUUCAUGGCCCAGAAUCCCGUUCCUACUCUUCUUGUUGACAUAUACUAUUCCAUCCACAUGAGGAAUGAGAAGAAGAAGGGGACUAUCGUGUGUUGUACCCCUCUGUUGUAUAGAUGGUUUAUUUUGCAUCUACCCAGCAAGGGUCCUUUUGUUGACAACAAGGGAAAUCUGAAAUGGUCUCAAAGGAUCAUGUCCCUCACAACUGAAGACAUCUCCUGGUAUUCUAGAGUUUAUGACGGUGUUGAGAUCAUCAUGGAUUAUGGUAAUUUCCCCAAUGUACCUGAUCGGUCACCAUUUCCAUUGAACUCCCGCCGUUAAUUCGACAUAUUGUCAUCACUUUGGUAAGAUUUAUGUUUGUUUUUAGUUGCUUUGGAGUCAUUUAUCAUGUUUUGUUGGUUUGGUAUCGCAUUGCAUUCGAUUAUAAGUUUAUGUCAAAAAGAUCUCGUUUAUGCUUCGUUUGGUAGUGUCAUUGUUACAGGCCAUUGCACAGGUUUAAAAGCAAGAAUGGUGAAGUUAUGGACACUCUGAAAGGCAAAAAUAUGAAGAAACAGUCGGUCAACACGGGCACCCGUGUGCCACAACACUGCCCGUGUUGUUGAUCAGGUAGAGCAAAAGAGGAGAAGAAAAACAGAGAUCAACACGGGCACCCGUGUGUCACUACACGGCCGUGUUGAUUAAAACAGUGCAUUAACACGGGCACCCGUGUGGGGGAACACAGCCCGUGUUGUUGCCUCUGUAGCUUGUGCUGAAAAUAAUUAAUUAUGGAGAACAACACGGACACCCGUGUGGUGACACACGGCCGUGUUGAUUGGACGCAGCUUGGAAAACCUAAUUUUUGCUUUGUGAACCGAUUCUGCUCAUUAAGGGUAGUUUGGACCUUUUGCUUGGAAGAGAUGCAUCUGAAGCUAUAAGAAAGCUUGGAAGAGAAAGAAGAAGGCACCUUUUGACAGACGAAAGAAAAGAUUGCAUUGGAGAAGAUAGCGAAUACGAAGGAUUUGAAGACGGCGAGAUUCAAGGGCAUCAACCAUUGAAGAUCAAACUCUCCUGAUUCUUUGUAAUGUCUAAUCUUUACAUUAUGAGUUCUUUAAGUACUAUGAGAGGCUAAACCCCUAUAUGCUAGGGGGGGUGGUCCUGAUGUUAUCGCAUGUUAUGAAUUUGAACCAAUGAUUUCUUGAUUACUAUGUUACGUAUUUCAAUUCAAUUGUGUGAUGUUAUUAUGCUUUUGUAUCGGACAAAUACAAAUUGAUCUAUGACUUCCAAUAACAGGAUUGUGAUUGUUAGGGUUUUCACACAAUUGAGUUUAUGAAUGCAUCAUCUAGGACUAGUAACUUUCGUAAAUCACCGUAAACCUCGAUAUUUUGUAUGAUUAAAACCAAUGAUUAAUUGAAUGGACAUUUGAGUAAGAAUUGGUAGUUUAAUAGUUUCUUCCUUAAGGACUUAAGUAAGAACAUUCUGAGGUUAGGUGAUUGAAUGUUUCAUAUGUAUUAAGGAAAUCUUGACUAAAUUCAUAACCGGUUAACUCAACCGCUCACCCUAGCAUCUUUUAUCUUAAUCAAUUAUUUUUACUCUUUGUGUGUUUACUAUUAUAAAUUCCCAAACAACCCAACCAUUAUCUUUUUGUUCUGAUAGAAUCAAAUUAAAAUAAGUAUUUCCUACGCAAUCCUUGAGAUCGAUACUUGGAAAUAAAACUCCUUAUUACUACAUCGGUAAAAAUAGUACACUUGCUAUUUUUUCGAUCAAGUUUUUGGCGCCGUUGCCGGGGAUUGCCAAACUACAUAUUUUAAUUUCUAUUCUAUCGAAAUUUUGUUGCUCGCCAACUAAAAUUUUAUCUGUGACAAUUUUGUUAUUCAAUUCUAAUAUUUGUCUAACUUGUGUAUGCGAGCUAAGGCCUCAACAGAUUUUUCUUUUGACGCAGAUCCCGAAAGAACUCUUCGCGCUAGACUAAGACAAGCUAAGCGAGAAAAACUGGAAAUAGCAGAAAAAGCAGAGAAGGAAGUUGUUGCAGUGCACUCAGAGAAUUCAGAUUCAGAAGCAGAAACAACUCCCGAGGUCAUGGCUGCAAAACCACCACCACCAGAGAGACUUCUCGGUGACUAUGGUGGAAACAACACUCCGGGUGGUCGUAUGACAAUUGUAAACCAACCGGUAAAUGUAGACCAAUUUCAGCUGCAUCCCAGCACAAUUAAUCAACUUGAAAGGCGGUCAUUUUCUGGAAGAGUGAAUGAAGAUGCCAACAAGCAUCUCCAAAGGUUUUUGACUAUGAGCACAACGCUGAAAAUGCCUGGACAUAAUGAAGAAGCAAUAAGGCUUUGUAUGUUCCCGUUCACUUUAACAGAUGAAGCCGAAGAGUGGUUCUAUUCCUUACCGGCUGGCAGUAUCACUACAUGGGAGCAGAUGGAAACAACAUUCUUGCAGGAAUAUUUUCCCGCAUCUGUGUCAUUGUGGAAAAGAUAUGAAAUCCUAAACUUCAAGCAGAAGGAGGGUGAGUCACUAGGAGAUGCCUACAAACGAUUCAAGAGAAUCCUAGUGGCUUGUCCUACUCACAACAUGGAUGAAAUUGAACAAAUGCAAAUGUUUGUCAAUGGUCUUCGAAUUCAAACGAGACAAAUCCUUGAUUCAGCAGCUGGUGGCUCAGCCAACUUUGCAACAGCCACCGGUAUGAAGAAGAUAAUUGAAGCUAUUUCCUCGAACGAGCAUUUAGAGUUAUAUGACAGGGUAUCAAGCAAAUCUGCAGUUAUUGACUUGAAGCUGGAAACAAAUAAACAGGUGAAAAUUGAAGAAGCUGUUGCUGUAGAGGUAGAGAAAAGGUUGAGAGCACUAAACAUAGGUGCUCAGAAAGUGGCUCAAGUGCAACAGGCACCGAGUGAAGUGUGUGACAUUUGCAAUGGACCAUACAAUACUGUUCAUUGUUUUGCAACACCACAACAAAUCGAAGAUAUAAAAUUUUUAAAGCAGAACAAUCCCUACUCCAACACAUACAAUCCGGGGUGGAAAAAUCAUCCCAAUUUUGCAUGGAAAGAUCAAAGAGGGAACGUGCAACAACAGCACAGGGUCAAUAUCAAAAUCAAUAUCAGCAGCAACAACAACAGGUACCUAAGAAGGCAAAUUGGGAGAUUGCAAUUGAAAAGAUGGCAGCUCAAAAUAUGCAAUUUAAAGAAGAGACUAGAAACAAUCAGAAAAACACCACUGCCUCCCUAAAGAAUCUCGAAGUUCAGCUGAGGCAGAUAGCACAGCAACUGGCAAGUUCUCGAACACCAGGUUCCCUACCAAGUGAAACAGUUCAAAAUCCUAGAGGGCAGGAGAAUGUUAAUACUGUCACGACGACAGAGAAAAAGGCUGCUAAAAAGAAAAAAAUUAUAUCACCGAGCGAGCCGACUAAAGAAGAAACUACAAAAGAAACUAAACCGGUGAUUAAGUUGCCCUACCCUCAGAGAAUGACAAAGAAGGAACCUAGUGAGUCAGACUUGGAGAAAUUCAUGACAAUGUUCAAAAGGAUUGAGGGUCAUAUGGCCUUGUUUGAAGCACUUGAAAGGAUGCCCAUGUACAAGAAAUUCGUGGAAGAGGUAAUGGCUGAAAAGAAACCAACCACUAAAGAACAGGUAUCUGGUAAGGAACAAUAUAAUGCAAACUCCCUGGAGCAGAACAUUCCUAACAAACAGAAGGAUCCAGGAACCGUCACAGUACCAUGCACAAUCAAAGAAAGAACCUUCAAAAAGGUACUAAUAGAUUCGGGAGCUAGUGUGAAUUUGAUGCCAUUAUCAGUCUAUCACAGGCUGGGUAUUAAAAACAUCAGUGAUAUAAAGACCAAUCUGAAGUUUGCGGAUCACUCAAGAAAAUAUGCAUAUGGUAUAGCUGAAGAUGUGCUGGUAACAAUAGCGGACUUGACUUUCCCAGUCGAUUUUGUAAUCCUAGACAUACCUGAAGACAAUGAGGCACCCAUCAUUCUGGGUCGACCUUUCAUGAAGACGAGUCGAUGCAAGCUCGACAUGGAUGAGUGCACGUUAACCUUGAAAGUUCACAACAAGGAAAUAACAUUGAAUGCUAUUGAAAACCAGGAGAUGGAGGAAGAUACAAAAUCUCAGUAUCAAGUAGGCUUAAUCAGGACAUUGAAUAUUAUCAAAGGCUCACCACUGCCAGUAGCCACCCGAAAUGGAAAGAUUCCUAACACUGAAAGGAUAGUUAAAAAGGAAUCGUGGCACAAAGGAGUCCACACUGAUAAAAGAGACAACGUCCGUGUUGUAGACAAGAGGUGCAACAAGGUUUUGAACCUGAAAUACCCCCCAUGAUAAGGGAAAUGAACCCGUCGAGCCAUGCGACGUUAAACGAAGCGCUUCGUGGGAGGCAACCCACGUGUUUGAUUUCUAAUUUAUUUUGUUUUUAUUUUUCUUUGUUUGUGCUAAAAUUUUGUGUAGGGGAGGAGGAGAAUUAAAAGGGCAAAGUCACAAAUACCUCCAAAUGGAAGGAAACCACACAAGUGCAGUAAACCAACAGUAGUCGCUGUGAGUCCCCUUUGUAUCUGGAUUUAAACAUUGAGGUCAAUGUUUAGUUCAGGUGUGGGGGGGGGGGGGUCCUUUCAUGUUUUAUUUCCAUCGCUUUUGUUUUUGUUGUCGUUGUAUUGUUUUUGUUUGUUUUCGUUGUUUACUUGUGUGUACAGAGUGAUGAGAAAUGGUUGGACAAAUCCGGGAUCAAUGGUAGUGGAUGAAAGACACCCCUCAUACUUAUUCUGAUAAGGCACCCCAGAAGUUGAUGCAACCAUGAGAAAGUAAAGUCGGACACAAUUUGGUGACACUGGACCAAGAGAGCGGUAUGGUAGAACCGAAUCAGAAAAGAAACCACAUGACACGAGGAGGCUUCAGAACUUGUAAGGCUAACCAACAUGGUGAGAUUACAAAAAGCCAGACACUAAAUAUCAGCAUGAGAGUUCAGCCAGGUAUGACUUUAUCACUCUGAUUUUGCGUAUGUCCUGUUGACACGUCACAGCAUGACAACACACACUGAGGCAAGUUGUUUGUUUAGCCAGGGCCUUUCUAACCAUCCCUAUCUGUAUGUUUCCCUUCGUGAACCCCGUUGAGCCUUAGCCAUUUUAUUCAUCAUAAACCCCCUGUUAACUAUUAAGCAUUUAUUCAUCAUAAACCCCCUGUUAACUAUUAAUCAUUCAUUUUUUUCCAUAACUCGGUAUGAUUGUGUGAAUUGCAAAAUGUGCAAGAAAACUAAGUUUGGGGUGGAAAUCUUGAAAGAGAAGCAAGUGCAUAAUAAGAGAUCAUACAAAAAGAAAUAUAGUAUGUAUUUUCUUUAAAAGAAAAAAAAGAGAGAAAAAAAGAGAAAAGAAAAACAAAAGAGAAAAAUGCACUUGCCGAGACUUAAGACUCUAACACAUAUGAAAUGCUCGGAAAAUUCGAGUAGGAAAAGAGUCAAAAGAGUGAAAUUAACCCCCAGAGUAUACGUGAUGCACGAGAAAAAAGAGAAAGAAAAAUCACACAACAUGACUACCGAGUUCAAAACCCUUUGUUAUCCAAUUUUUUGUUUAUCCCACCGUACCCAAGCCCCGUUACAACCUAAAAAGACCUCAAAAAGUGUGUGGAAUCUGCUGUGGUAGUGACAUUAGAAUGUAUUCAAAGUUAAGAGUUUGGUAUUGCAUACUGUGUGUAGUACCUCAAAUUUGCACCCUGCAUUUUGUACAUACAUUUUCAUAUUAGGUCAUUUAACAUAACAUAGGCCACUGCAUAGCAUUGCAUUGUCCUUUUGCCCAAGUGCAAGCCCAUCAGACAAAAUUAGGUCAAACUGGUCAGGAGAUCAGUCAGUCAAGCAAGCAAGUGCAUUUUCCAAUGAGACAAGGCCCUAGGGUUGGUCCAACAUGUUCACAUGACCUAGGGGUCCUUUUGGAGUGUUUUGGUCAAGGUUUGAAUGCUCAGAAGUCAUCAGUCAUGGCCCAGUUCACCAGAAACCCUAGAAAGUCAACUGUUGGUCAACUGGGCAUUUAAUCAGGGAUUUGAUGGUGGGAAUUGGUUUGAGAGGCCUCAUUCAUGUCCAUAUAAGCCUCAUAUAACAUGUCAAGCAUCAUCAUUGAAGAAUUUGAAGCCAGACAAGAAAUUUCCAAAAAUAGAAAGUUGACCUGUAAUUGGAAUUUGCCAAAAAUGGAAAGUCUUGAUCCUCAAACUUACAUCAUGAUACAAGCUUCAAAUGAAUUUUUGCCCAACAUGAAAGUUGAAGAUCUUGUUCUCCCAUUUCCAAAAAGUCCAAGAACACUCAAUUCCCAUGUAUGGUUGGCAAGUUAUGAUCAAAUCAUUUUCAGAAAUUUUUGAACUUCAAAAGGCCAUAUCUCUCAAACCAUUUGGCCAAAUUGGGUGGGGGUUUUUUUGCAACAAAUCACAUUUGAUCCCCUCUUUCCAAAUAUGUCAUCAUCAUUCACCAAAACAUCACCAAUCAAAAUGGCAUUUUUGGAAUGGCAUGAAUUAAUUCAAGUGUAGUAAAAAAGUGACUUUCCAAAAUAAUCAUUUCUAACCAUUUUUGCCAAUUGAGAAUGUUCAGAAAACUUAUUUUGGUUAUGUUAGAGGCCCAUUUUCGUGCACAUACUUACACCCCACACAAAUGUAAGUUGGUUUAGCAAAAUUCAAAAACAUGUCAUUUUAGCAAAUUGUGAUUACAUUCCAAUUAGCCACACUUAACCAACCUUAAACAGCAUACAAAUAGAUCAUUUUCUUUCUGAAACCAACCCUAGCAGCCUCAUUCACAAACAGAAAAUCCCAUGUUCUCAAAAAACCUUCAUUUUGCAUUUUAGAACUUUUCUCCAAAAACCUUCAAGAACUCGAGCCUUGGUUGGUUGCUGCAUCAUAUACCAUCAUCUUUGAGCCCAUUUCAAGCCUUGUUUCCCAGCUGUAACAUCAUCUUCCAGCUCUGCUACAUCAAGAACUCAUCCCAUGGCAGUUCAAAGUCUGGACCAUUCCAAGCAUUCCUGAGCUUAAAGUCCUCAACCAUCCAUCAAUACAAGCUUGAAGCAACACCUGUUUUAACCUUUUAUGGCCUAAUCAUCACUGAAUCACCAUUGUCUUCCAAAUCAAGUAAGUUUUCGAGUAUCACCAUUUGCUAAAUCUUGAUAUGCAUUAGCUAGGUCUUUGUAUACUGAGUUCAAUGGUGGUCAUGGUUUUGAAAAUGGUUGAAUGAUGAAUGAGAAAUCUGAUUUUUAAGUUGUGUUGAUGAUUAUGUUUUUACUUGAUUCUCCCAUGUUAAGUUGAUUUAAUGAAAAUGGAGUUUGGAUUAUGCAUGUGUGUUGUUUGCUGGUCAUAAUGGUAUGCUCAAUUUACAUUUCUGGGCAAAUAUUUUUUUUCGAUUUUGUGGAUGAAGAUGAAGCUCCACUGUAGCAGCAAACCCUAAUUUCAUGGCUGCCCAGAAUUUGUUUUACGUACGUUGCAUGUUGUUGCUACUGUUCCAUUGCCUGGCCAAUCAAAACAUUUCGUCCUCUUGCCUUAUGCGCAGCGUUUUGUUAAGUUGUCCCAGUAUUUACAUUAUUGCCACUGCCGUGCCAUUUGUCCCAUUUAAUUCAUGUUAUUUCACAAUAUUAUUUCAUUUUUGAUCCAAUCUUACAAAAUUCAUAAGUCCAUCAUUUUUAAUCCAAAAUUCAUGGGAUUUUUUGCAUCAUGUUCAUCACAAUCUCUAGUUUUUUAUCAUGUAUUUUCCAGAAUUUUUGCAUGAGUAUAUUUUAAAUGGUGCUAGGGUUUUGUUCAUGUGCUCAUAUUUUGUACACUUUGCCAAAACAUUUGUGAAAUGGUGAUGCAUUAUCCAAUGGCUUUGAAAUUUUUUGUGAUUAAACUAGACACAUUCAUGGUGAUUUUGGUGUAGAGUUUAUGAAUUUAUCAUCUCUGGUUGUUGAGUUAUGAUUUUUUGAAGUAGGGUGUGACAAUUUGUGUCACACCAUUGAUGUGCAACUUGAUGAUUUUCUAUACCAUGCUUCUUGACCUCAAAUUGCUUUGAAUAUUUGCAUGAAUGUACUCUUGAAUGUAUAGUUUACAUGUGAUUUUUCUUCGAAUUGUUUGUGGCAUUUCCUAAUUGUUUGAGAUUUGUCUCCCCUGUUUGGUCUUAUGUUGACUUUUGUGACACAUGCUCCCAUUUCAUUUGUGAAAUUCUCAUACUUUAUUGGAUGGACAUGAAAUUUGAUAUGUGAUUAGUAGACAUCUUAAGCUUUGCCAUGGUUUUGAUCCCAUUCAUUUCUCAUAUGCUAUCACUGAUUUAUGAUUUUUUCAAGUUGAUGCAUGUUUGGUUGACUUCUUUGAGCAUGCUUGAAAUUGCCUUGCCUUUCUGAUUUUCAUUGACUACCUUCCCAUGAUCCAAUUGAGCUGAAAUUUGACAUGCUUACCAUGCUAUGGAUUGUGUUUGAUCAUGAUUUAUUUGAUGAUUUUUGGAAUUGUUUAUGAUUGGUUUUGAGUUGAGUCUUGCUGUUGACUUCUAUGAGCUUCCAUAUGCCAUGCUUUGACUUCUUUUGCUUAUAGAAUGAUGAUGAGGAAUGAUAUUAUUGUGGAACCAAUUGAGUUUGCUUCUUGAUUGUUUGAAUAUGAUUUUGAUUGGAGUUCAUUUGCUGUUUUGACUUUCUCAUCCCCUUUUGAUCCUAGGCUUGCCCUAGUGGUCCUGUUGCUCACAUUUGAGUUCAUGUUUUCAGGUUAAGCAACAAUUACCCAAUGAGACCAAUAAAAAUUGAUUGAUGCUUGUUUGUUUAUCAUGACUAACUUGUUUGUUUUGUAGGUUACUUGGCUCACAUGACUUGAACCUUGUGCAUUGCACAUUUAUCUGCUUGUGUUGACUGUUAACCUUUGUUUCAUUCUGAUUUAACUUUGACUUGUAUACUAACUGUGCUUGAUUGAUUUCAGGAACUUUAGUUGCUUUUAGUUCCUUGUGAACUUUGCUUUGCUUUGCUUAAGAGCAAUUUGCAUUGAGGUGUCAACCGGUGCGCGUAGCUCUUCCAUUCAGACAUACAGUCAAACUCAACAAAUCCAAGCUGAUGGAUCUUCCCAACGCCGACAUCCUUGAACUGAAAGAGAAGAUGGGAGAGCUGAUCAAUGUCAUGCAAGAGUUCGCCUUGGGGCAGAAAGCAAUUGCCGGGAAGGUGGGGAGGAUUGAAGACUGGCUGAGGAAGGGGGGAAUACAAGGAAAUGCUUUGUUGUCUAGACCGAAGAAAUCCUUUAGUGACGACCAGCGCAAGGAUGAGGGUGAAUCCAGUGCUGUGUAUGCCCAGAGAGGACACUGUAGGGGUCGUUACUACCAGCACACUGCUGCAGUAACCAUCCCUGCUGGUAAUCAGUCAAUCCGACAGCAACCUCAGCCAACUCCCCAGAAAGCACAAGGAGCUGGGAACCAAGUGAGAGGAAAGGGGGUCGAUCGCCAUUUUGACAAGCCACCCAUGCCGUAUGCUGCUCUGUUUAAAAGGUUGAUGGAUCUUGGGUUGGUUCGAUAAAGGAUGUUAGCUCCAUUGAGAUCAGAUCAGAGGCCACCCAACUAUGAUGAGAACGCCAGGUGUGAAUUCCAUUCUGGUGCGCCUGGGCAUAACAUUGAGGGGUGUAGAGCCUUUAAGCAUACUGUCCAAGACCUAGUGGAUUCCAAGGCCCUCAAUUUUACACUAUCACUGGAUGUUAAUGCCGAUCCCGUGCCAGUGCAGGGUCAGGUGAUGGGGGGUGUGAUCGCUGAAAAUUCAGAUCGCGUCUGUGCGGUGGGGGAAGAGACUGACAGUGACUGUGAACUGGAGUCAUGGAUAAAAUCGUGCGCGGCAGGGAACUGGAAGGCUUAAAAAGAUCAGCACUGUAACUCAUCCUGAAGAGUAGUACUUUCUUGUUUUCAGUUUUAUUUGCAUGAAAGCCAUACGUGUUGCCCGACACGUAAUGGUCCAUUGUAAGGGCCACCUCAUGUUUCAUUUUGCAACAUUUCUGCAUCAUUAAUAAAUGGAUGUUUUUUUUUUCAAUCAAAAAACCGGUGUUCCCUGUUUUUCAUUUAUUUUUGCAGUUUUAAAAACAAAUAAAAAUGGUAAUGUUUAUUUUCAUUUUUCCCUUUUGAUUUGUCUCGUUCCAACUUCGACAAGUAAUUCUUCGGAUCUCAUUGAUAACAAUUUGGUUACACCUCGUAUGACUUCGACAAUCCGAUCUAUCAUGCCGAAGAAGAAGGCGAAGAAGAUUGUGAUCUGCUGGAAUUAACCAAGUUGUUGAAACAAGAGGAGAAGGUGAUUCAACCACACGAGGAGCGAGUCAAGAUUGUCAUCCCAAGUGCCGCCGAGAUCAGAAGGGAAAUGAAAGUUGAGGCCGCUUCAGAGACAAGCCAAGAACAGGAUGGUAUAUGUGCGCCUGGUUGUAUCUAGAUACACCAAGGUAGGAUACCAAUGUUGUGGAGGCACGAGCUACCAUGGAGAGAAGACUGUCCUCCAGUGAAGCGGAAACCGGUGCUAAAAGAUGAGAAUGUGUGUGGACUGCUGAGACGUGAAUAGAGCUAGUUCGAGAGAUGAAUUCCCGGUACGUCACAACGAGGUAUUGGUUGAUUAUAAUGCUCAGUUUAUCUUCAUGGAUGGCUUCUUGGCCGAGACCAGAUUGAACUGUUGCCAGAUGAUAUGAAGGAAACCAUGUCCAUCACACGAGGGGCACCUUCUGGUUAUAAGAUGAUGUCGUUCAGUAUCGAGAAGGCCGGUGCCAAGUAUCAGAAGUCUAGGGUGACUUUGUUUCAUGAUAUGAUUCAUCGUGAAAGCAAAUGCCAUGUUGAUGACAUGAUGGCAAAGUCCCAAGCAGAAGAGGGGCAUCCGGUAGAUCAAGUUGUUUGACAGGUAGAGAUAACUCAUACUGUUGAGUUCGAAUUAGCGCACUUAUGGAGUGCUAUCCAGCAAGCUGCCGAGGCAUGUUGUAAAUCAGAGGAAUCAAGGUUGAUCCUGAAAAAAAAAAAAAAAAGAGGGGAUAAAUUGCAGGAACUUCUGAUUCCGAUGCUUCCCAGGGGGAUGAUUGUUAACCUGGUACUCGGUAGCCCUCGAGAGGUCUAUGAGGUGCGUACUAAGUCAGCAUGACUAGUCUUGUCGAAAAGAGUAUGCAAUUUACCUAAGCAAAAAGUUUAUCGACGGUGAAACAAUACACUCACUGUUCGAAAAAACUUGAUGUACUUUGGCAUAGGCUGCUCGCCGACUGAGACAGUGUAUGCUGAUUCAUACCACUUUGUGGAUAUCCAAAAUGGAUUUGGUUAGGUAUGUGUUUGAAAAGCUAGUAGCAACCCAUGGAAGGUUAUCAACCAAGGAAGUUUGAGGUCCCUGAUGAGGACAUCUCGAGGUACUCAAAUCGAAAGAUUGAGAGUGACCGAUCCCGGAGGAGGGGCCUGGCCCUGAAUCCGAACGGAUUCCGAUGUCUGAUGGGGAAGUUAAAGUGAAUGAGGUAGUGCUUCCCGAAUCACAGUUGGUUGCACCAACAAUGGCGGCUGAACAUAAAGUCUGUAUCUUGGAUAUCGAACCUUGAGAUGUGCAUCUAUUUGGGGCAGUGACUUCCUCACAGAUAUAUGAGAAAUCAGAGAAGACUGAAUGGAUAAGGACUCGAAUGACAUGUUGAGUCCAACUGAGGAAAGAGGGCUGACAGUUACUUGUCAUGGGGCGUUGUACCCAGUGAAUGAAGCGUAUUGUUGACUGAGAAGUGUGACCUCGAGCGUACCACGUGGAAGAAUUGGUUGAAAAGGAUCCUUCCUCCUCAAGACGAUCGUGGGGCAGAUGGAUAAACAGUUAUGAGUGUCUCAUUCGUGGUCAAGAAGGUUUUCUCAGACCAGGCCAUGUUGUUGAUGACCACGGAUGACGAAGAUUUUCCAUCCACUAUGAGUGCGGAUGCAGUUAGAAAAUACUUCGUGAAGGAGACCCGCUGGACAAAAAGAAUAAAGAGUCCAGGCAAAAAUGGGCAUCCCGGCGAACCAAGAAAAAAGAGAAAAAGGUUCGGGCAAAAGUUAGGGAUAAUAAAAGAAAAGAACUGUACACCCGGCAAGUUGAAAACCCGCAAGGGCGACUUGGGCAAAAAAGGGUAUCCCGGUGGACUAAAACCCGAAAGGGAGGUCCAGGCAAAAGAGGGAAUGAAACGAACAACUGCGUCCAGCAUGAUCAUUUGUGCUCAUGAUGACUUGGAGAAUCUCCGACAGAGACCAAUCGGAAGCAUCUUGUUCAGAAGACAGAAAGUGCGGAAAGUCUUGAGGACAUAUGAGGUGUAAUUGAGUUGGAACCCGAUGAGAUCAUGGUUUCACAUUGCCACUAGGAUAGAGUUUUUUCUGUUGUAUGCAAUCACCUCUUUCCAGGGUUUGCUUCCUGUGUGUUGCUCGAUUGUGAGCCAUCUUUUGUUCCAGUCAAUAAAGCAUGUGUUCGGUCCAAUAAAUUUUGUUGUUGUGUCAUUACCGCUUUGAUUAUGAAAACAUCCAUUCGUUUUGAUAAGAAUAUUUGCAUUUUAAAACAUAGAGGUCCCUUCGAUGCAUGCUUAUGAGGUUGAAAUCUGGAAAUCUUACUCGGAAGUUUGAGUGACCUAAGUGUUGAAAUAUCAGAACACCUGGGGCAUACCUGGGGCACGCUUUUAUCUAACGAUCUCUGCUGCAGAGCCAGAUCAGGGGCAAGGGAUAGUUGAACGGUGAAAAGACAGUGAAGGAUUACGACGACGGUCCCAGAAAGAUAAUCAAGAAGACUCUUCAAAGUCUAAGGACUGGAAAGUUUGUAUGAUCCCAGGGAUUCGAUCUUCGUGGGAUGAAUCAGAAAAGUCCAGGCGAGUCUGGGAGUUCUCAAAAGUGGAACGCCGACACUGUGGGUGGACGAUGAAUGCCUCUGUUCGACGAAUCGACAGGUGUUCCGUGUCCAAUGAGUUGUAUUUCCCCAGUAGGUGUGAGAGCGUUACCUCCAUAACAGAUUUGAGAUCAGUGUCUCCUCAGCGAGCCCGAAGGUUACUGCCUUCCCAGUAGGGUUUGUGUUGAUGGUUUUCCCUCAGCGAGGUCCCCAAGCGGAUCGGGUUCGGAGAAAAUCAUCCCUAGUAGAGAUAGGAAUGGGUUGCCUCCCCUAGCAGGGUAAUCUCCAAGCAGUUUGGGUUCGAUGGAGUGCAUCCCCAGCAAGGUUUGUCUUUCCCCAGCAGGAUGGAAGUUGACAUGGUUAUAGGAUCCUCAACACAGUUCCUGGAGUUUCCCGGUGUUGUCUCUAGAGGAGACGUGUGUUUAUGCAUUCAUCAUUUAGAUAAGCAUAGCAUAUUGCAUCAUUAGUGCAUAGCGUUUCCAUGAUCAUGGGGCAUUGUGUAAAGCAAGAAAAAACUCAUGCAUCAACAUUGCAAGCAUAUCCAUUAGCCCUAGGCCGUGGUGACCAGCCGAGAUUGGGUUGUUGGAAAGAGUUUAGCAUCGCACCAUGGGAUCGGCUUCAGAAUUGGGUUCAUCAGCAUGUUUGAGAGGUUGGUGCUUUCCCAACAGGUGACUCCUUAGUUGAGUGGGUAUCCCCAGCAGUAUUACUCCCCGAAGUUGGCAGCAUCUUGCAAGCUUGGGUCCAUUCCCUUAGCAGAAGUGGGUGUGUCUGAUCUCUCCAUGUAGAGUCUACCCCUUAAGCAGAAAGUGUCUACCAUUUCCUUCUGCGCUCCCCACUGAGUUAUAUCCUCGUGGAUGACGGUUGUUUCUGUUCCCUCCCUAAUGGGAUGGGUUUUCCCUAUUGAGUUCUUUCCUCAUUAGGAUGAGUCCUGUUUCAGUCUGCCUUUUUGGAUCGAUCCUAAAUUGGCUUCCUGUUGGCUGUCUCCCGUGCUUCCCUGGGGCAUAAAUGAAUAGUCGCUCACUAACCAGCACUCAUUCAUCUUAUCCUCAGUGGAAUUUGUUGGCUUCUACCUACGAACCGGUAGUUGUAAGUCCUAUCUUUGUGGUUUUCUACCUACUAGCUGGUAGUUGUAAAAUCCCACUUUCAUCCCCUUGUUGGAGUUAACCCUUUGUGCUCAUCCUAUUGAUGAUUGGUUACUUUUCUGUGGUUUUCUGCCUACUAACCGGUAGAUGUAAUCCCCUCUUUGCAGUUAUCAGUAUCCGGUUUGUGAUAUUGAUAUUCUUUCCCCUCUGGAUACUUGCCUUGAUCAAGCAGUAUUGUCCCCAUUGGGUCUUCCCCUUCUUUUUGGAUAUUUGCUUAGAGUUAGCAACUUUAUCCUCUUUUGAUUGGUCAUCUUUGCAUACCUAGUCCUGGUACCGAUGCCUUUCUUGUCGGUCGAUUAUUCAUUUAACAACCUACAACCCGGUUAUGGAUAAUCUUCCAUGCGAGUGUAUUAUCUACGUUUUGACGGCUAUAGAUAAUAUAUAUCAUGCACUCUUUGGUCAAUCUUUCGAUUGUUAUCUCCAGCAGAGUAAGAUUCGUAUUCCUUGUGGAAUCGAAUGUCCAUCCUUUAACAAGUUUGCUUUCGCUCUCUUCAGGAUGUUUUCGGUCGUUUAUCCAUUUAACAACCUACAACCCGGUUAUGGAUAAUCUUGCAUGCGAGUGUAUUAUCUACGUUUUGACGGCUAUAGAUAAUAUAUCUCAUGCACUCUUUGGUCAAUCUUUCGAUUGUUAUCUCCAGCAGAGUAAGAUUCGUAUUCCUUGUGGAAUCGAAUGUCCAUCCUUUAACAAGUUUGCCUUCGCUCUCUUCAGGAUGAUGUCGGUCGAUUAUUCAUUUAACAACCUGCAACCCGGUUAUGGAUAAUCUUCCAUGCGAGUGUAUUAUCUACGUUUUGACGGCUAUAGAUAAUAUAUCUCAUGCACUCUUUGGUCAAUCUUUCGAUUGUUAUCUCCAGCAGAGUAAGAUUCGUAUUUCUUGUGGAAUCGAAUGUCCAUCCUUUAACAAGUUUGCUUUCGCUCUCUUCAGGAUGUUUUCGGUCGUUUAUCCAUUUAACAACCUACAACCCGGUCAUGGAUAAUCUUCCAUGCGAGUGUAUUAUCUACGUUUUGACGGCUAUAGAUAAUGUGUCUCAUGCGCUCUUGGGUCGAAGUCGUCCUCCCCAGUCGAGUAAGAUUCGUAUUCCUCGUGAAUCGAAUGUCCAUCCUUUAACAAGACUGCUUUUCUAAGCCCUCUUCAGGAUGUUGAGUGUUUUGGAACACAAACCAAUUCACGCUUUGGCCAGUCACCCAUUUCAUACCUACAACCCGGUAUCCUUGGCACUCAGGCCAAUUUUCCGGUAUCCAGACCGAAGAAGUUUCCGACGAUCAGGUUGAUGUACUUAUGGCACUCAGGCCAAUUUUCCGGUAUUCAGACCGAAGUGGCAUUCAGGCCAAUUUUCCGGUAUUCAGACCGAAGAAGUUUCCGACGAUCAGGUCGAUGUACUUAUGUUUUUUCCGGUAUUCAGACCGAAGAAGUUUCCGACGAUCAGGUCGAUGUACUUAUGUUUUUUCCGGUAUUCAGACCGAAGAAGUUUCCGACGAUCAGGUCGAUGUACUUAUGAUUUUCCGGUAUUCAGACCGAAGAAGUUUCCGACGAUCAGGUCGAUGUACUUAUGGCACUCAGGCCAAUUUUCCGGUAUUCAAACCGAGGUGGCGUUCAGGCCAAUUUCCGAUGUUUCAGAUCGACAUCAAAUCUCUCAUACACCGAUGCUCAGUAUUCAGACUGACGAGCGGCGCUCAGGACAUGGUUAUCCCUGUGUUACCAUUUAUUUUGGUAUUCAGGUCGACGUUUCUGUUUCGGUAUUCAGACCGAUUUCUUUUUUCCGUUCCAGACGGAUUUUUCUUUCAAGACUGUUUCUUUGCCGAUCCUGACAGGCGGUGUUAAUUAUUUUCCCAGCAGAGUGCAAAUUUCUACUGUUCUUAGUAUUCAAUCUCUGUUUACCCUGAAAGUCUGACAGCCGUUGCUCUCAUCCAUUCGGGUUCCCAGCUGAUUGAAUAGGGGCAGCUGUAGUACCUCAACUUUUGCACCCUGCAUUUUGUACAUACAUUUUCAUAUUAGGUCAUUUAACAUAACAUAGGCCACUGCAUAGCAUUGCAUUGUCCUUUUGCCCAAGUGCAAGCCCAUCAGACAAAAUUAGGUCAAACAGGUCAGGAGAUCAGUCAGUCAAGCAAGCAAGUGCAUUUUCCAAUGAGACAAGGCCCUAGGGUUGGUCCAACAUGUUCACAUGACCUAGGGGUCCUUUUGGAGUGUUUUGGUCAAGGUUUGAAUGCUCAGAAGUCAUCAGUCAUGGCCCAGUUCACCAGAAACCCUAGAAAGUCAACUGUUGGUCAACUGGGCAUUUAAUCAGGGAUUUGAUGGUGGGAAUUGGUUUGAGAGGCCUCAUUCAUGUCCAUAUAAGCCUCAUAUAACAUGUCAAGCAUCAUCAUUAAAGAAUUUGAAGCCAGACAAGAAAUUUCCAAAAAUAGAAAGUUGACCUGUAAUUGGAAUUUGCCAAAAAUGGAAAGUCUUGAUCCUCAAACUUACAUCAUGAUACAAGCUUCAAAUGAAUUUUUGCCCAACAUGAAAGUUGAAGAUCUUGUUCUCCCAUUUCCAAAAAGUCCAAGAACACUCAAUUCCCAUGUAUGGUUGGCAAGUUAUGAUCAAAUCAUUUUCAGAAAUUUUUGAACUUCAAAAGGCCAUAUCUCUCAAACCAUUUGGCCAAAUUGGGUGGGGUUUUUUGCAACAAAUCACAUUUGAUCCCCUCUUUCCAAAUAUGUCAUCAUCAUUCACCAAAACAUCGCCAAUCAAAAUGGCAUUUUUGGAAUGGCAUGAAUUAAUUCAAGUGUAGUAAAAAAGUGACUUUCCAAAAUAAUCAUUUCUAACCAUUUUUGCCAAUUGAGAAUGUUCAGAAAACUUAUUUUGGUUAUGUUAGAGGCCCAUUUUCGUGCACAUACUUACACCCCACACAAAUGUAAGUUGGUUUAGCAAAAUUCAAAAACAUGUCAUUUUAGCAAAUUGUGAUUACAUUCCAAUUAGCCACACUUAACCAACCUUAAACAGCAUACAAAUAGAUCAUUUUCUUUCUGAAACCAACCCUAGCAGCCUCAUUCACAAACAGAAAAUCCCAUGUUCUCAAAAAACCUUCAUUUUGCAUUUUAGAACUUUUCUCCAAAAACCUUCAAGAACUCGAGCCUUGGUUGGUUGCUGCAUCAUAUACCAUCAUCUUUGAGCCCAUUUCAAGCCUUGUUUCCCAGUUGUAACAUCAUCUUCCAGCUCUGCUACAUCAAGAACUCAUCCCAUGGCAGUUCAAAGUCUGGACCAUUCCAAGCAUUCCUGAGCUUAAAGUCCUCAACCAUCCAUCAAUACAAGCUUGAAGCAACACCUGUUUUAACCUUUUAUGGCCUAAUCAUCACUGAAUCACCAUUGUCUUCCAAAUCAAGUAAGUUUUCGAGUAUCACCAUUUGCUAAAUCUUGAUAUGCAUUAGCUAGGUCUUUGUAUGCCGAGUUCAAUGGUGGUCAUGGUUUUGAAAAUGGUUGAAUGAUGAAUGAGAAAUCUGAUUUUUAAGUUGUGUUGAUGAUUAUGUUUUUACUUGAUUCUCCCAUGUUAAGUUGAUUUAAUGAAAAUGGAGUUUGGAUUAUGCAUGUGUGUUGUUUGCUGGUCAUAAUGGUAUGCUCAAUUUACAUUUCUGGGCAAAUAUUUUUUUUCGAUUUUGUGGAUGAAGAUGAAGCUCCACUGUAGCAGCAAACCCUAAUUUCAUGGCUGCCCAGAAUUUGUUUUACGUACGUUGCAUGUUGUUGCUACUGUUCCAUUGCCUGGCCAAUCAAAACAUUUCGUCCUCUUGCCUUAUGCGCAGCGUUUUGUUAAGUUGUCCCAGUAUUUACAUUAUUGCCACUGUCGUGCCAUUUGUCCCAUUUAAUUCAUGUUAUUUCACAAUAUUAUUUCAUUUUUGAUCCAAUCUUACAAAAUUCAUAAGUCCAUCAUUUUUAAUCCAAAAUUCAUGGGAUUUUUUGCAUCAUGUUCAUCACAAUCUCUAGUUUUUUAUCAUGUAUUUUCCAGAAUUUUUGCAUGAGUAUAUUUUAAAUGGUGCUAGGGUUUUGUUCAUGUGCUCAUAUUUUGUACACUUUGCCAAAACAUUUGUGAAAUGGUGAUGCAUUAUCCAAUGGCUUUGAAAUUUUUUGUGCUUAAACUAGACACAUUCAUGGUGAUUUUGGUGUAGAGUUUAUGAAUUUAUCAUCUCUGGUUGUUGAGUUAUGAUUUUUUGAAGUAGGGUGUGACAAUUUGUGUCACACCAUUGAUGUGCAAAUUGAUGAUUUUCUAUACCAUGCUUCUUGACCUCAAAUUGCUUUGAAUUUUUGCAUGAAUGUACUAUUGAAUGUCUAGUUUACAUGUGAUUUUUCUUGGAAUUGUUUGUGGCAUUUCCUAAUUGUUUGAGAUUUGUCUCCCCUGUUUGGUCUUAUGUUGACUUUUGUGACACAUGCUCCCAUUUCAUUUGUGAAAUUCUCAUACUUUAUUGGAUGGACAUGAAAUUUGAUAUGUGAUUAGUAGACAUCUUAAGCUUUGCCAUGGUUUUGAUCCCAUUCAUUUCUCAUAUGCUAUCACUGAUUUAUGAUUUUUUCAAGUUGAUGCAUGUUUGGUUGACUUCUUUGAGCAUGCUUGAAAUUGCCUUGCCUUUCUGAUUUUCAUUGACUACCUUCCCAUGAUCCAAUUGAGCUGAAAUUUGACAUGCUUACCAUGCUAUGGAUUGUGUUUGAUCAUGAUUUAUUUGAUGAUUUUUGGAAUUGCUUAUGAUUGGUUUUGAGUUGAGUCUUGCUGUUGACUUCUAUGAGCUUCCAUAUGCCAUGCUUUGACUUCUUUUGCUUAUAGAAUGAUGAUGAGGAAUGAUAUUAUUGUGGAACCAAUUGAGUUUGCUUCUUGAUUGUUUGAAUAUGAUUUUGAUUGGAGUUCAUUUGCUGUUUUGACUUUCUCAUCCCCUUUUGACCCUAGGCUUGCCCUAGUGGUCCUGUUGCUCACAUUUGAGUUCAUGUUUUCAGGUUAAGCAACAAUUACCCAAUGAGACCAAUACAAAUUGAUUGAUGCUUGUUUGUUUAUCAUGACUAACUUGUUUGUUUUGUAGGUUGCUUGGCUCACAUGCCUUGAACCUUGUGCAUUGCACAUUUAUCUGCUUGUGUUGACUGUUAACCUUUGUUUCAUUCUGAUUUAACUUUGACUUGUAUACUAACUGUGCUUGACUGAUUUCAGGUACUUUAGUUGCUUUUAGUUCCUUGUGAACUUUGCUUUGCUUUGCUUAAGAGCAAUUUGCAUUGAGGUAUAACUUCUUUACUUCAUGUAGUCUGGAAGACCUGGCCUGUUACUUGGCCAGGCAACUGUCUGAAGUCCUCCUUAAGAGGCAAUGUUUGUGGCUGUUUAAUUUUGUCCCUGUACAUAUUCAAAGACCUCCUAAGUGAAGAGGCAAUUGGCAGAACCCAAGGGAUAUGCAAUCUAUCCCCUGCUAUUCUGUGUGUCAUCUGCUCUGCUCACACCACUGUGUUGAUGCAUUGCAGAUACAAACCCAAGAUCUUGUACAAUUGUACAGUUGAGUCAGUUUCAAAUGUGUAGAAGGGUUCCCACUUUCUGGACCCACACAUUCUUGUCUUAAGCUCUCCCAGGCCAGGGAUAAGAGCUGUGAAGUCUCAUCUUCACUCACCUUUCAUCUGCUUCACCUUAGCCCCUCAAUGGCAAGGUUAAGAGCUAAUACUACCCAGUUACAGUGGUUUGUUUGUUGAGGUUGAUAUGACCCCUCGACUAAAACCUAACCUUGUUUGAGCCCAUUGCUUGCAUAUAGUGUGUGCUACUUGUGUUUGUGUGUUUACUUUAGCUUGCUUCCUGUGCAAGUUAGGUUUAGUUUAGCUUGCUUCCUGUGCAAGUUAGGUUUAGUUUGACUUGCUUCCUGUGCAAGUCAGGUGUGGCUUGCUUCCUGUGCAAGUCAUGUUUAGGAUAGGCUUGCUUCCUGUGCAAGUUAGCUAGAAACCUUAACUUAGGGACGAUUUUGCAUGACAACAUCUAGGCUCGAGUCGUAGUCUCCCUAGUGUUGUGUCUCCCUCUGUUAUCUGGUUAGGCUAGUCCUUUGUCCCUCCGUAGGGGAACUACGUCGCCCUGAUCCUCAUACCAGAUGAGGUACGUAGGCAGGAGAUGAGCAGAUCUCUCCGGGCGCCCUUUUGUUUUGUUUGUGUGAGUUGUUUCUCCUUUUCUGGUUGGAGUCCGACGCAAGUCCAACGAUUGGCAGUUGGUUUCCUGUGUGUGUUUUGGUUCGGAUGCUGAUGUAAGUCCAGUGAUUGGCAUUCAGGCUCCACGUUUGCCUUUGCAUGUAUUUGUUUGUGUGCGUGUCAGCCGAGCUACGAAUGCUCUGAUUCUCCUUCGUCCAAAGGAGAUACGUAUGCAUAGGAUGCGAUAUCCUAGCGAGCAUGUGUCGUUUC